AGUCGCUUCUGUGACGUAAUAUAAGUGCGACUGCGUGUCUCUUCCGGGUAUUCGUGGACUUGUUUACAUCACACUAAAACCUAUUAACUAUUUUUUACAGUCUAUGACUAAAACCCAAACUGGGAAGUAUUUCGUAAAUAUGACAGACCAGAAAGCUCAGAAUAUAAGCUCAAUUCCUAUCGACGAGUACAGCAAGUUAAGAAUCACAUCAGUAUGGACGUUUCUCAUGUCGGUUCAGUGGUCGGAGCCUUGGCUGAUCGGACUGAUGGUGUUUCAUGUCGUGUGUUUGUUCCUGACUGUGGUGACGUGCAGGUUUUACAGAGCUCAGAUAUGUCACUUUGUGCUCAUGGCUGGCCUAGUGUACAGUGCUGAAUAUCUAAAUGAGUUUGCAGCUAUGAACUGGAGUUCAUUCUCAAACUUCCAGUACUUUGAUUCAAAGGGCAUGUUCAUUUCUCUAAUCUUCUCUAUUCCUCUUCUACUGAACACGAUCAUUAUUGUGAUGGUGUGGAUCUACAGGACCUUUUCAACUAUGUGUGAACUGAAGACACUCCAGCUCAAACGAAAAGCCCGCAGAGAGAAGAAAGAGAAACAUGACUGAUCUCUCUUUUUAUGUCCAAAAAUGGGCCUCAUUGGGAGGAAUUAAGAAAAAGAAGUGUCUCUGACAUGCUAAUCCUGAAUUUUGGAAAGGGAAGACAGAUUCCCUCUUGUGACUGUAUCAGGAUUUUUCAUUGAAGUCGGUCAGGAGGACUGCGUUUCUCUUUCUGGUAAAGGAAGGUGCUGCUGGGUAUACUGUACGUUCUGUACUGAGAUUUACAAGGGCCAAAGGAAAGUUACUGUUUUGUAUUUAAUGUUGUUUUGAAGUGUUAAAAUACACAACAAAAAAAAUAAAGUGUUUUUUGAACAUUU